UCUGCCUGCGUGGUAGAAUGAAGCUCACGCUUGAAGACCUCACAACAGUCUGCACCUCGGGUUGACUGGACGGCCACUGUGAGUGAAGAUGAGCGGCGUCGAGUUCAUCGUCGGCACCGUCCUCGGCGGUGUGCCCAUCGCUGUCUUGGCCUUUGAGAAAUACCAGACGCUCUCAACCGUGUUGUCGACGUUUCGCAACCCCAGGGAAAUCGUUCGUAUGCAAUCAAAAGUCGGCUCUCAGCGAACAAUCUUCAGAAACAACGCCAUCAACCUCCUAUCUUCUGUCACGGAUGACCGAGAAUUGAUCCACACGUGGAUAUCUGGGCUGACGGAAUCGAACAAUAAUGCCAGUUCACCAACGGCCGACAUAAACUUGACGUUGGCAGAUAUCUACCGAAGCCGCAUCGAUUCUUUAAAAGAUACAUUUUCGAGCUGCAAAAGUACGCUGGAUGAGAUUAUGUUGACACUGGAGAAAAUUUCCGACGAGUUAUCAAGCAUAGCAAACGUCAUGGGGAAAUCGUCAGUGCCCAACAUGAGUCCAUCUACGAGCGGCAAAGAGUGGAUGAGUCGGAUGGGCGGUCGUCUCAAGUUGGCCUUGGGCAAAUCUCACCUUUCGGCAUCCAUCGAGGAUCUGCGGAAUCUCAACUCGGAUUUCAGUGUCAUGACAAACCAGAUUGUCAACACCCUGCGUGAAAUCAGAAACGCAGAUCUGCGGAAUACUGGCGAGAAGACUGUAAUGGAGCGAAAGAAGCCGAAGAGAACAGCUACCAACAUUAAUCACAUCGAAGCCUACCAGCGAAUUCGGCAAGCGUCAAACCUACUAUACGACACACUGGCAAAGGACUGGACCUGCUUGUCACGCGAGCAUAAGAGCCAUGCUGCCAGCGUCUCCUGCAUCGAGCCAGAGCAAGUCAGAAUAGCUCAGCCGGUCAAGUUUGAGGUUGCCUUGACUGUACAAGAGGACACAAUCGAUGCAAGCAGCAAACAGGAUGACACUCUUUCUGGGCCUCUCUGGCUAGAGGUUGAGUACGUGGAUGGCAGCGGUCAGGACCAGGUUGCCAUCGUCAAAACACACGGAGAUCACCAAACUCUUGAAGAGCUGAGCACGGCUCUCACAAAGUUGUCAACAAAAGCGCUUCUUGUUGCGCCUCCAUCCUCACAAAAUGUCUCAAAGGUCCCGCGCAAGGUCCACUUUGACGCCGUCACGAGUCAACUAAUUCCAGGGAAUGAUCCUGGGACAUCACCCGGAGGGAAGCCCUCUUCGGAGCACAACAACAACAAUAGUGGCCCGGUCCCUCCAGAGACAGCAUCAGAGAUGCAAAUCAUUGACUUGAUGUUGGUCUCGGACUUUUGUGAGCACCUUCGCUCUCAAUAUCGACUUUGUCCAUCGCAGCAAUGCUUUCUAGGAUGUCUAGGUGGCAAACACCUUCAAAGAUUCUACAUCCCGCCAGCAGACAGGCGAGUCUGCGACGAACCCAAGUCUCUCGAGGCAAUAAUCGCAUGGAUCGGCGCAAAUUCUAUGCACCGAUGUCUACCGUUGCCUGUGGCAUUACAAAUUGCCGGCUCUCUCGCGGCAUCUGUGUUACAGUUUCAUUCCACGCCAUGGUUACCCGAAACAUGGCGUAGCCAAGACAUCAGCUUCUUCAGUACUGAACUAUCUGUAGAGGAUGAGAUACAACUUUCACAUCCUCACUUUCAGGUCCAAUUCUCCAACCACAUCAAAAAGAGCAUGUCACAGUACUCCAAGACGUCAGAUCUCACUUUGGUCAACAGUGAGGAGGUAUCGCUGUCUGGCGCCAGAAACGAGAUUCUCUUCCGGCUCGGCAUUGUCCUUCUUGAGGUUGGGUUCUCGCGCCCAUGGCACAGUCUACGCGAAGAGAUUCUCAACUUGAAGAAGCUGCCCACUAAUCGGCGGACGGAUUACCAUGUUGCAGAGAAAUUAUGUGCCAUUUUGAUGAACCAGAUGGGCGCGAGAUAUCCGCGGAUCAUCCGCAAAUGCAUCGGGUGCGAUUUUGGGCUCGACGAGCCGCAGGACGACUUGGAGGCCAGCGAAGAGCUGCAAGACGUAUUCCUACUUGACGUGGUCAUAGAACUUCAGCGUCUAAAGGAGCGAGUUCAAGCGCUGGGUUAGAGUACAAGCAUUUAUGACUUCUCGUAAACAUUGACCGCGGUUGGCUGAAGCUAUAAGGAGAAGUUGAGUAGUGCGACGAGGUUGCGCUGAGUCUCUUGUGACACGAUAGAAUUCCAUGCCGGCUGUGGAGGUGGUUGAAAAUUGAUCCUUAUUACUCUCCAUCUCCAAAAUGCGCUGACCUACCGCGGGCCUUAUAUAUACUAAAGGCCAUUGUCUGUGAUGGCUUUGGCUACGGUGUUCAGUACAAACAUAGUCGAUGCCAUUUAGUGGGUGCUCAAAUGCAGCAACGAAUUUCGCAG